AUGGAAACUACUGUGUUAGUUACAGGGGGUUCUGGUUUAGUGGGAAAUGGGAUUCGACUAGCUCUAGAGAACAUUAACGGUUCCCUCAAACGAAAUAAUGAAAAGUGGAUAUUUUUAUCUUCUAAAGAUGUUGAUCUGACGGACAGUAAUGCUACUCGGGCGUACUUUGAACGCAUGCGCCCAACCUACGUAAUUCACUUAGCUGCCAAAGUUGGCGGUUUGUUUGCCAAUAUGUCUGACAAUCUUGAAUUCUUUCGGCAAAAUAUGCAUAUUAAUGACAAUGUAUUAUCAAGUAGCCAUGCAGUUGGUGUAAAGAAGGUUAUUUCAUGUCUUUCAACGUGUAUAUUUCCUGAUCGUACAACUUAUCCAAUCGACGAAACUAUGGUACAUAAUGGACCUCCACAUGAUUCUAAUUAUGGAUAUUCUUAUGCUAAGCGCAUGAUUGAUGUAAUGAAUAGAGGGUAUAGCGAGACUUUUGGUGUUAUUUAUACAUCUAUUAUACCUACCAAUGUAUUUGGUCCAUUUGAUAACUUUGAUAUUAAUCAAGGACAUGUUCUUCCUGGUCUUAUUCAUAAAGCAUACUUGGCUAAAAAAAAUGGCGAACCUUUAACUGUUUGGGGUUCUGGUAAGCCAUUGCGUCAGUUUAUUUAUUCCGUUGAUUUGGGUCAUCUCAUCAUAUGGGCUUUACGGGAGUACAACGAUUCUUCUCCAAUCAUACUUUCUGUACCCGAAAGUGAUGAAAUUUCGAUCCGUCAAGCUGCCGAAGCAGUAGCCAAGGCGAUGGAUUGUCCUAAACUCGUUUUUGACACAACUAAAGCGGAUGGUCAGUUUAAGAAAACUGCAAAUGCAUCGAAACUUCGUCAACUUUAUCCUGAUUUUAAAUUCACUCCUUUUGAACAGGGUGAGUAAAACUUUCUACACACAUAUUUUAUUUAUUUAUUUUUAUUUGAACACAUAAAUAUUAGUACAAGAUGGCACCAAAUAUAUAUGCGCC